CAUCCGGAGAACGCAGCGUAAGCUGUCAAUGUAAACAGUGGAUGGGCCAACGUUUUGUUUGUUUGUUUUUUUAUUUUACACAUUUUUGAAACGUACAAGGGUUAAAGAUGUCUAAUAAAGAAGUGAAAGCUGCACUGAAAAAUGCCAGAGAGGCCAUUAAAAACAAAGAGUUCAAAGAGGCUCUGAAACACUGCAAGACUGUUUUGAAAAUUGAGAAAAACAAUUACAAUGCUUGGGUCUUCAUCGGCUUGUCAGCCAGUGAACUGGAUCAACCAGAUCAGUCACAGGCAGCCUAUAAAAAGGCAGUGGAGCUGGAGCCAGAGCAACUGCUGGCUUGGCAGGGAUUAGCAAAUCUGUAUGAGAAGACUGAUCAGUGGGACUUCAAAGUUGAGCUGCCUAAUGUCUAUCAGAAGCUUGUUGAGUUGUAUGCGAGCUCAGACAAAAACAAAUGCUAUGAGGUGAUCAACAAACUAUCAGAUAUUUAUGACUCUGACAAAGAAUAUUUAAAGUUGGCCAAGGUUUGGCUGCAGCUCAUUCAGCUGAAGGAAGAAGAGGCUGUUGAUAAGAAAGAGUUAGUGCAGCUGUUGGAAAAGAUGACCCAGCUCCUCUCAGACUGUCUUAAGGAGGUGGAGCACGACAGUGAAACUCAGCAGCAUUUAAUCACAGCAUUUGAGAAGGCUCUAGUUCUGAUCGAUCCUGCGCCAGGAAAGGACCACAAGAAGGUCUCAGCUGACUAUCUCAAAUGUCUUUCUCUACUGCCACAAGAAGAAGCCAGAAUGACUGGAGCAUGUCAAUCCAUGCUUUCCCUCUACCCUGACCAAAGUUAUCCUCUUGAGGUCCUUUGUCAUCAUUAUCUUAAAAAUGGCAACUUUAAUGAGGAUGCAGUUAGCUGUUUCUCCCGCCUCAUGGAUCUGGUCCCUGGCAGUGGAUUGGGUCAUUUGUGUCUGGGCACCAAAGCGCUGCUAGAAUGGAGGUAUAAAGAUGCCAUUGAUGACCUUACACAAGGACUGAAGAAAAUGAGCUUAAGUACAGGAUGGUACAGUCUGGCUGAAGCCCAGUUUAAAAUUCACAAAUACUCUGACAGCGCUACAUCAUGCUCACAAGGUUUGAAUGUAUGUGACUCUGGAGAGAAGGAGCUGAGGAUCAGACUUCUUCGAUUGAAGCUAGAGGCUUUAGUGAGAAGUGGUGGCGAGAAGGCUGGAGAUCAAGCUUUAGAGACAUUUAAACAGAUUCCUGAAGCUGAAAAAGACCCGGUUCUGUUAGCCCUUAAAGGACGUGCAUACCUUAACAAAGAACAGACUGAUCAAGCACUUAAGAUGUCAUCAGAGCUGUUAGCCUCCAACCCAAACCUGGCCCAAGGAUUGGCUCUGAGAGGACUGGUGCACUUGGCUAAAGGUGAAGAGCAUCUGGCAGAGCAGAGUUUUCAAAAGGCUGCAAGUCAGAGCCCAGACUGUGGAGAGUAUUAUUUUUUGCUCGGACAACUCUACUGGGAUAUGGGAGAAGAAACCCGUAAAGACCGGAGCAAAGCUCACACACAUUUGCUGAAGGCUGCAAAGCUAGAUUCACACCUUGGUUGUGUAUUUCGCUACCUUGGGCAUUAUUAUCGGGAGAUUGUGAAGGAUUAUGACCGUGCGCAAGGCUGCUACAAAAAGGCUUUUCACCUGGACAGUGAAGAUGUUGAGUCCGGAGCUGCGUCUGUGGAUCUCAGUAUGGGGCAGGGGGACAUGGAAACUGCCUUGGCCACUCUUCAGUCUGUGUUAGAGAAAGCCACUCCAGGCUCAGCUAAAUGGGCCUGGAUGAGACGAGGCCUUUACUACCUGAAAGCGGGAGAAAAUCAACAGGCCAUAGCGGACCUGCAGGCCGCUUUAAGAGCAGACCCAGAGGACUGGGUGUGUUGGGAGUGUUUAGGUGAGGCAUAUCUAAACCGCCGGAGCUUCACAGCUGCUCUGAAAGCCUUUGGUAAAGCACAUCAGCUUCAGCCCUCCUCUAUCUACAGUGUCUACCAGGCUGCUGCCAUCAAACAGACUCUGGGCAAGUUCAAAGAGGCUGUCACGGAGUACUUGCUGAUCACAGCAAAGCAGGACUAUGUGCCUGCCCUUAAAGGUCUUGGGGAAUGCCAGCUUUCUCUGGCAAAAAGUUUAAUGGAGGACUGCAGAGAUGGAGGAGCCAUUGACCUCAUUCAGCAAGCAAUACAGAACCUCUUCAGAGCUGUACAGCUGCGACCAGACCUUUCCUGCUUGUGGAAACUUCUGGGAGACGCUUGCACUGCAGUUAGCACCGUGUCCCCAAACAGAGCCAAGGUUUUAGUGCCAGCCCUACUUGCCGGUUUAGAUGCCAACACUGAGAGCCACAUGCUCAACCAGGUCCAGACACUAAAAGUUGGUGAGAGGUGCUAUGCUCAUGCUUUGAAGCUGAUGCCUGAAGUUGCCAGUCUUUGGUAUGACUUAGGACUCAACUAUUAUCACCAGGCCACCAGCAUACCCUGCCUAACACAGAAUGACCAGAACUCCCCAUCUGUGGACAUUGAGAAGGCCCAACAGUGCUUUAAAAAAGCUGUCAUGAUGGACAGCAGGAACCACAGCUUCUGGAAUGCCCUGGGAGUUGUUUCCAUGAACAAAGGUCUUGAGAACUGUGCUCUGGCUCAGCAUUGCUUCAUCAAGUCCAUCCAAGUUGAGCCCAACAAUGUUGUUGCCUGGACAAACCUUGGUAGUCUGUAUUUGAAGAAAGACAAUAUAGAACUUGCACACGAGGCAUUCAAGAUUGCUCAGUCUUUGGAGCCACUUUAUGUCAACUGCUGGAUUGGACAGGCACUGAUAGCAGAAAGCGUGGGAAGCUAUGACACCAUGGAUCUUUUCAGGCACACCACUGAACUCAGCACACAUAUGGAAGGUGUGAAAGGUUAUGCCUACUGGGUUUGUUCCACCCUGCUGGAUAAGAGCAACAGAGACUCAGAGCUGUACCGUUACAACAUCGUCCAGAUGAAUGCCAUCUCUGCUGCUCAGGUGGCACUCAGCAAGUACACAGAGAGGAUUCAAUCAGACCCUGAUGCAUUCAUUAUGCUGGGCUACCUGAAUGAGCACCUGCACCUGAAGAGACAGGCCUUACAGGCUUACCAAAGAGCAGCUGAACUGCUUCAGUCCACGUCCGCUUCAGAAGAGUUGGCGUUUUCUCUGGGCAGCUAUGGCCGUGCAUUGUGCACUUUGGGUCAUUGGGAGGAGGCAGUGCAUGCUUAUAAUUCCACUCCACUGCGAGAGCUCAGUGACCUGGUUGGUUUGGCUCUGGCCUACUGCAAGGCAGGACUCAUCCCAGAAAGCAUCAAUGCCUACGAACGUGCCUUGGCUGUGGCUUCUAGUGAGAAGGAAAAGGCUUAUAUACUGACAGCUCUGGCCCUGCUGCAGCACCAGCAGGGCAACCUAGACUCAGCCAAGACUCUGCUUUUUAAAUGUUCGAUGUUAAAGGAGCCGAUCUCAGAAUCUCUGGUUUGUUUAUGUGCUUUGGGAUUGGUCCACAGCGAUGCUACGCUAGCUGCUGCUGCCCUUACUGAGCUGCUAAAGCAAGGUUCAGCCUCUGGGAGUGCUAUCGAGCAGCGAUGUCUACUCACCUGCACUUUGUUGGCUGUGCAGGGCAACUUCAGCGCAGUGCCAAGGGAGGUUUCAAGAGCUGUGCACAGCAAUCCUGGAAAUGCUUCUUUGUGGGCACUUCUGUCCAGAGUGGUUCCACAGUACUACCCUAAAAAGGCAAAUGGUGGUGCAGUGGCUGGCCAUGUUGCCUGUCUCUCCAGUAUGACCCAAGGAAAGAGGGCGUUGUUGUACAGUGGAGUGAACCAGCUGGCCGGUGGCAGACACUCUGGAGAGGACAGCCACAAAAAUGCAUUGAAGACUAUGCAGAGAGCUGUACUGCUCUGUCCUGAUGAUCCAGCAACGUGGGCUGGGUUAAUGGCUGCUUGUCACACUGAAAACACUUCCUGUCAUCUUUCUGGUUCUGCUCCUCGCAGACAAGCACUGCAGCAGACCCUUAUGUCUGUAGUUUCUGAGAAAGUGCGUAGUGUGGAUGAAUUAGAGCGCCCUCUAGCCCAGUCUCUUGAAGGCUGGGUACUACAACAGGCAGUGACUGGCCUCAUGCUGGAGGGACAGCUAAAGCAGGCAGAAGUCCUUUGCACACAGGUCUUGAAUGGGUCCCCUGAGCACCCAGCAGUGAUGCUGUCACUGAGGCAGGUACAGUGUCAGAGCCUCCUUAUGACUGAUGGUGGUACUGUCCUCCCAGAACCUGUGUUGGAACAGCUCAGCAGUGCUGUGAUGAUGAACCCUACCAAUCUUGGAGCAUGGCAUUGGCUGGCUGAGGUGUAUCGCAGCCAGGGCCUACUGGUUCAGGCAGUCAUGGUUUAUAGACAGAGUCUCCAACUGGCCUCACAGCUUGGCGUGCACAGCUGCCAGGUAGCCAGCCUCCUCCGACUAGCCCUUCUAGCUCUUGGACCCUGUAUGGUGGGCGUCCCAGGAAAUGACUGGAAAGACUUGGUGUUGGAAGCUACUACUGAGGUUCUGAAGCUGGGCUCAUCCCCUGUGGCCCUUCUUUUCCAGGCUCUGCUCCAGUUCGUGACAAAGAUGGCUGCUAGGGAUACAAGACGUUUGCUGGAGAGGCUGGUAUACAUUCCCUGCCAAGAUAUCCCAGCAACAGUGGCGCAGGUUGCCAGCUGGUAUCUCCUGAGACACUUGCACGCCAAAAACGACGAGGAACUCAUGAAGGUCCUUUUGCAACACGCCAAAAUGAAUGGAGAUCAAAGACUGCUGGAGUUUCAUUCACUGCUCGCCGCUUCAUCCUGAACUUUGCAUCUGCCACUAUGCGUUUAUGAUUGCUCUAUGAAAUGAUGUAGCUUAGCGGGUUUAUUAACAGAAAAUCACCAUCCACUCAUAUUAUCAGUCUUAAAAUAUGGCUUUAAUAACUUUACAUGAUCAAAUCAGCUCAGUGCAUUGAAAUCACAAUUGUCACAUUUUUAAAAUAUACUUAAAAUGAAGUGAACAUGCAGAUUCAAGGUCAAAUAAAGAAGCUUUAU